ACAGUAUACCUUGAUCAAUUCUAAACCUCAUGCUCACCAGUGAAUCAUAUUAGGGUUUUGUAUUCUACCACAACUCAAAUCCCUAUAAAUUCAUUCGUUACUCACUCGCUCUAAAAAGCAGCACAGCACAAACAAUAUUGGGAAUGGAGACCACCAGAAAAAUAGCCCUCCUGAUGAUUUUUGUGUUUUUCAUUUCAAGUGCUAACGCUAUUUUUGAUCCGGAUUGUAACUGUGAAAAACCCCCUCAUGUUAAACCUCCUCCUCAUCAUGUCAAACCCCCUCAUGUUAAACCUCCAGUAGUAAAACCACCUAUAAUCAAACCGCCUGUCACUCCUCCCCCAGCUGUCAAGCCACCUGUCACAGUUCCUCCUCCCGUGAAACCACCAGGAACUAUUCCACCAAUAGUCAAGCCUCCGGCCCUUCCACCUGUUGUCAAGCCUCCAGUCACUCCACCUCCAACCCUUCCACCUUUUGUCAAGCCUCCGGUCAUUCUUCCUCCAAUUGUCAAGCCUCCGGUCAUUCUUCCUCCAAUUGUCAAGCCUCCAAUUGUCAAGCCUCCGGUCAUUCUUCCUCCAAUUGUCAAGCCUCCGGUCACUCUUCCUCCGACCCUUCCACCUAUUGUCAAGCCUCCGGUCACUCUUCCUCCAACCCUUCCACCUAUUGUCAAGCCUCCUGUAACUCUUCCACCCCUAAAACCACCUGUCACUCUUCCCCCCAUCAUCAAGCCACCAGGAACCCUACCACCUAGUGUUAACCCUCCUAUCACCCCUCCUGUCGUGAAGCCUCCCGUUACUCUUCCACCAGUAGCUCUUCCACCCACUAUUAAACCGCCACUUCUACCCCCCGUAACUCUCCCACCAGUAGCUCUUCCACCCACUAUCAAACCACCGGUUCUAUCCCCCGUAACUCCACCACCAGCCGCUCUUCCUCCAGUUGUCAUGCCGCCAGUGGCCAUUCCUCCUGUGACCGUUCCUCCAGUGCUUCCACCAGGCAUCAUGCCACCAGUACUUCCUCCUAUGAUGGAACCGCCAUCUCCUGGGAAUCCUAUAUCAUGCCCGCCACCAUCGAUGUCACCUUCACCAUCCCCAAGCACAGCCAUGUGCCCAAUCGAUACCCUAAAACUGGGUGCAUGCGUUGAUCUUCUAGGCGGGUUGGUGCAUAUUGGCCUCGGUGAUCCCACCGCAAAUCAAUGCUGCCCAAUCAUUGGUGGAUUGGCAGAGCUGGAAGCAGCCGUGUGCUUGUGUGAUACAUUGAAACUCAAGCUUCUCAGUCUAAAUAUAUAUGUUCCCCUCGCUCUGCAGCUCCUCGUCACUUGCGGGAAACCACCUCCUUCUGAUUUCACAUGUGCUCUCUAGACAAUCAAGUACGCUACGAAUAAUUUAUCUAUAUAUACAUAUUAAGUGAUGGAUCAUUCUUUCAUUUAUUAUGUAUGAUAUAUUUUCUGCAGCUGCCCUCUACGGAAGACAAGUGAUGGGUGCUUUGCAUGCAUGCAUAGAUGUAUCUGAUAUCAACUCUUGUAAUUUCCCCUCGUCUCUCAUUAAUAAUGAUUCUAUUUAAAUGUGAUCGUGUAGUUUUUAUUUUUUUCAA